GGGUGUUUCAGCGUAAGGUACCCACUUCGUCUCAAAUCGCGUCUACGAACCCUAGGAGGAGAUGUUUGUUCCCGGCGGCGUGCUGGGGAAGGAGGUCUUGCCGGCCGGAAAGGGGGAGGAGGCGCAGCCGGGCCGUCUCGUCGAGGCCCCCGGCUUAUGCGCGCAGGAGGAGCCAAUUCAGGAGGGGUACCGCACUUGCCUCCUCGCGCCGGUCGGCCGGUGGUCAUUUGGCUGUGGCGUCCAUCCCCCGACGGAUGUCGCGCUGGAGGGGACGGCCGGGCAGGGAGACGAGUCAGCGCCAGGGCGUGGCGUCCAGGCCGUUGUCUUGAAGGAGGGGGACGGGGAUGCGGCGCGGCCGUGGCGUUCAGCCGUCGGGUCCCUUGGGCGGCGAUGGCGCACGGCCUAGGCGUCCAGCCGUCGGCUCCAUGCGGCGGCGUUGUGGAGCAACGGUAGGAGCGACCGUUGACUCCAUGGACGGAUGGGCUCCGAGGGGUGGGGCAAAGGUAGGAGCAGCUCUGGAAGCAAGGUGGUCAGCUCCAUCGACGGAUGCACGGGACCUGCACCAGUACGAGCAUCCACAAGUUCAGCAAUUUUUUCCCUUCCAGUACUCUAUGAACCAAAGCACAAACAGGCCGCAAGAGCUCCUGCAGCAAGUACCAAGCAGCAACAGCAAACGUACUGUGACAUAUAAAAAUAUCAAUGUGCCCGAGGGCGGCUGUAGUUUAUCAAUUCGGGAGGACCUUCUCAACAAAUAUGCUGAAGAGACGCUAAACUACUGCACCGCGGCUGCGGCUUCAAACAGUACUCUGCAUAAUGCAUUGGAUUCAUCACCAAACCUUGUGAAGGAGAAGGAACAACAAAUAUUACAACUACAGAACGAACUUGACUUUGUCUCUUCACAACUGUACAAUUACGAGCUGAGCUUCGAGUCUUGUCUCACGAGCUGAGCUUGGUAGACCUUCGUCUUGACGUUUCGGAUUUACGGGACGCCCGCCUCUCUAACAAAAAACUUUCAAACAAAUGUUUCUAUGUCCAUUCCUUCAGGCAUUUGCAGAUUGACGAUGUGGCGACUGUGGUUUGGAGGAGUGCGGCCCCCCUCAAGUGCAAGAUUUUCUGCUGGCUUGCCAGGAGAAAACGGCUCCCCACCAACGAACGGCGGUUCCGGCACCACCUCACCGCCUCCGCCGCUUGCCUCUCCUGUAACACCGUUGAAGAUACUGACCACCUGCUGCUCUUCUGUCCCCGAGCUACCGAAGUUUGGGAGUCUUUCCACCUGGGGUUCGACCCCGGCGCCUACGCCAGCUUCUCAGACUUCUGCCUCCAACACAGCAGCAGUUAUGAAGAAGCCACUAUCAACACGGCCAUCGCUUGGAGCAUCUGGAAGCGUAGGAAUGCUCUGACCUUCAAUAACAUAAACGAAGAUCUCUCUUUUGUCACCCGCAGAUGCAUCCAGGAUAUCCGGCUCUGGGCUUUCAGAUGUAACACCCCCUCCUCAACCUCCUUUCUAAAUUCUUGGUGUAAUGGGUAUGAUCCCCCUUGAAAAAAAACCUCCCCCCCUUUCUCUUUUUUCCUUUUGCUCUCCCCGCCUAGUCGACUAGGUGCCUCAAAACUCUCCUUGUAAUGAACCCGGUUGUUUGCCUUAUUGGUUAUAAAGUGUUCAGGCCAGGUCAAAAAAAAAAACUGUACAAUUAUAAGGAGAAGGAGAAAGCUCAGAACAAAGAACAUGCCAGUAGACUGCAAGAUGAGAAAUGCAAAUCUAGGAAAUAUUGUAAACUUUUCUGGUUCAUGUUUA